GAAGAAACCAGAUGUAGGCUCCAGUGUUAACGCUGCCGCUCCCUGAAUCAGCACCGAGUGAUGGAUAGCUCUCCGACUCGGUGCGCGGAAACAGAAGGUAACGUUUUGACAGCGGACGGAAACACCUCCGGGGAAGUUGGACUCCUCUUUCACACCAGAGAUGGGACACAACCACCUGUUCUCCUGGAGGACGGCGGGCGUGUGGUCGCUGCUGCUCUUUCAGUCGGUUCUUUGUCAUGAGAAGACGCACUCACAUGCUGAGGAUGAGCUCUUCAAGACGCUGUUUGCCGGUUACAACAAGUGGUCGAGGCCUGUCCCGAACAUUUCUGAUGUGGUCAUCGUCAAGUUUGGACUGUCCAUAGCACAGCUCAUUGACGUGGAUGAGAAGAACCAGAUGAUGACAACCAACGUGUGGCUUAAACAGGAGUGGAAUGACUACAAGCUUCGCUGGAGACCGUCUGACUAUGACAACGUGACGUCCAUCAGAGUGCCGUCAGAGCUCAUAUGGGUACCUGACAUCGUCCUCUAUAACAAUGCGGACGGUGAGUUUGCUGUGACUCACAUGACAAAAGCUCACCUCUUCCACACGGGUAAAAUUCGCUGGGUCCCACCUGCCAUUUACAAGAGCUCCUGCAGCAUCGAUGUCACCUUCUUUCCCUUUGAUCAGCAGAACUGUAAAAUGAAGUUUGGCUCUUGGACCUACGACAAGGCCAAGAUUGACCUCGAGCGAAUUGAAAACACUGUGGAUCUCAACAACUACUGGGAGAGUGGCGAAUGGGCCAUCAUCAACGCCGUGGGAACGUACAACACAAAGAAAUAUGACUGCUGCCACGAGAUCUACCCAGACAUCACCUACUUCUUUAUCAUCCGAAGGCUUCCCCUGUUUUACACCAUCAACCUCAUCAUCCCCUGUUUGCUGAUCUCUUGCCUCACUGUCUUGGUUUUCUAUCUGCCCUCAGACUGUGGUGAGAAGAUCACCCUGUGCAUCUCUGUGCUGCUGUCCCUCACUGUCUUCCUUCUCCUCAUCACAGAGAUAAUACCGUCCACGUCCCUCGUCAUUCCCCUCAUCGGAGAGUACCUCCUCUUCACUAUGAUUUUUGUCACCCUGUCCAUCGUCAUCACCGUCUUUGUGCUCAACGUGCACCAUCGCUCUCCCAGCACUCACAAGAUGCCCCGCUGGGUCCACUCCGUGUUCCUGGACCUGAUCCCGCGCUGGCUGUUUAUGCGGCGGCCUGCGCCAGAUGGCCGGCGUCGAAGGCUGCUGCUGCUCCAGCAGGAAGCAGCGGCGGAGCGGCGGCAGGGCCAGAUAGCUGGUUACAAAUCUGGCAACUGCCUCAGCACCUCAGCUAACUGGUUGAGAGACGGUACCACGUCAGAGGAGCCUGAGAGAAGCUGUUAUGAGGAUUUAGAGCUGGGAACACUGACAUCUUAUUUCUCCUUCCGUCCUCCUUCGCCCAGACCUCCGGGGUCAACUCCACCACCACAACAGAAAACUCCGCAGAACAGCCAGAACCGACAGGAAGCGGCCGGAGGGACAAACAGACAGUUAACUGGGGCCAGAGUCAAUCCCACUCAGCGGCCAAUUAAAGUUGAAAAUACAGCAUUAGACUCAAAAUUCCUGCUUUCACCAAGUGUUAUACGGGCAUUAGAAGGCGUGCACUACAUUGCAGACCACCUGAGGGCUGAGGAUGCUGACUUCAGCGUGAAAGAGGACUGGAAGUAUGUUGCCAUGGUGAUUGACCGCAUCUUCCUGUGGAUGUUCAUUAUUGUGUGCCUCCUUGGAACCAUUGGCCUCUUCCUGCCCCCCUGGCUAGCUGGCAUGAUCUAGUGCUUUAGAGAAAAAGUUGAAUAUGAGAAAGAACAAAAAUCCUUUACUUGAAUGAUGUUUUAAAAUGUAGCUGGACUCUACUUCAACGCUGAGAAUGUGACUGAAGUUUGUGAAACACCCUGCAGCCCAGUUUGCGGCCUCAUGAGCCAACACUCUCUACACACCACCAAAACAACAUUAUGAAAAAUAAAAAUAAAAGAACUGUGCUGUUUUUAGAUCCCUCUCAGUAGUGGGGCACAAACCAAAAGGGUUUUAGGAUAUAUCAGACUCAGCUUGUCAGGCUCAGCUACCCAGACUUAGCUCAACUUUCAUCCGUCCAAAAGCCGCACUUUGCCAGCCAGCCUCAGGUGUGCUCCCUCAGCCUCAGCUGUACACUUACUGAGGCUGAGUGUUUGACCUGAAUGCUAACAUUAGUAUGUUAACAUGCUUACCAGCGGUAAGCGAACGUCUAGCACACAACAUUUAGCAUGACAACAUGCUAAUGUUACUUUGUUAACAUGCCGACGUUUAGCAUAUGGGCUCUUUAGCAUGUUAGUUAAGAUAACGUGCUAAUUAAACAGCAUAGUAUCAGCAUCAGCGCUGGGUAAUGUUUUACACUUAUGUGAUUACUUAUCUCUGCAAUUUGAGGGAUAACAACUUAAAAGUCAGUGACCUACUCACAUUAAAUUUAAUAAUAACGUUGGCAUCAGGAAGAAAUCUCGGUGUCUUACCGGUAGUUAGAGAGUCCAUAUCAGUUUUUCCUCCAGGUGUAACUUGUUGCUGUUGAUUAGAGUCCAAACAUCCGGCGAAGGAGAAUAAAUAUGCCUCCAAUUAACUCCAAGUUUGUCUUAUUUACAUGUUGUUUUCUUCUUUGCUGCACAGGUAAAGUACCCCCUGGUAUAUCCAGGAAUCUCCUGGGUUUUGUUUAGAGAUGGAGUAUGUGUAAAUAAAGGUCUGUGAGCACUGGUCUUUCAGGGUUUGAGGUUACUGGGGUGAGCUGUCAUUGGACAGCAGCUGAAUGCAUCCAGCGCCUCAGCUGGCUGCCCCGCAAGCUGUGUGAGAGUGUCUGCUUCAGAGCCAAGGCACAAGCUGGGCUGAGUUAGGAAAUGUACUUCUAGACAAAUGACAAAUGGAUAUUUAGAUGUGUUUGGUGGGGAUUUUAAUGAGAUGCUGGACCAGCAGUGGCAGAAUAAUACUGUAGAAUUAUGAGCAAUGAGAUGUUUAGUUUGAGUCAGAUUGAAAAAUUUUGAUGAAUCAUGUUCAACAUAAAAUGGGGUGGCCUUUACCUCACUCAACUGACAACUUGACCGACAGUGGCAUGCUGUUCUAACAGAUUUUAACUGGACACACUAACCGGGGUCAUUUGUUCUGAUUUGAAAAGAAUUUGCAUUUUUAUGAACUUUUUUUUUUCUCUUUCUGCCACAGUUGAAACUUAUUUUUAAAUUAUCAUACACUAUGUAAUAAAUACCAUGACGAAAAGCCUGUCAUGACAUUUAUUCAGUGGUUUUAACAACGGGUUGUCAUUCCUGCAGUUGCCUUGCCCUAAGCACUGCUCCACAAUCAUAUUUUAGUCCUAGAUGAUACUCUUCAUGUUCACACAGUCCUGUGCUUUACAUCUUACCAGAUAAAGCAGGUGUUUCAUCUUGACAGCAGUUAUUCGUUUUAUGAAAAUAUAUAAAAGCCUUUUUAUGAGACAGGAAUUUAUAGAGAAAAGAACA